UCUGCCUCUUGCAUUCUAUCUCUGUACCGUAUCUGUGGCCCGGUAGGUUUACCGCGGACCUCCCAAACAAUAUGUCGGGCGAUACUCCGGCACCCGCACCUCAGCCAAUUGCAUCUACCUCCUCAGAUCCGUCUUCAUCCCGCAAACCGUUCUCUGAGCUCGACUUGUCCGAAAACACACAAAAUGCUCUCAAGGAGAUGGGGUUCACGCAUAUGACUCCUAUCCAGGAAAAGUCUAUCCCACCGUUACUCACGGGAAAGGAUGUACUUGGUGCUGCGAGGACGGGCAGUGGGAAGACGUUGGCCUUCUUGAUCCCGGCAAUUGAGCUGCUGCAUAGGAUGAAGUUCAAGCCUCGUAACGGCACAGGCGUUAUCAUCGUGUCCCCUACUCGAGAAUUGGCUCUGCAAAUCUUCGGCGUCGCGAAGGAGCUCAUGGCGCACCAUCCGCAGACGUUCGGCAUCGUUAUGGGAGGUGCAAACCGCAAAGCGGAGGUGGACAAGUUGCAGAAAGGUGUUAAUCUGCUGGUAGCUACUCCUGGACGAUUAUGGGAUCAUCUUGAGAACACGAAAGGAUUCGUCUUUAGAAAUCUUAAGUGUCUUGUGAUUGACGAGGCAGAUCGGAUAUUGGAGGUUGGUUUCGAGGAGGAGAUGAAGAAGAUCAUCAACAUGAUCCCGAAUGAGAACCGGCAGUCAAUGCUAUUCUCUGCAACGCAGACCACGAAAGUUCAGGAUUUGGCACGAAUAUCGCUACGGCCUGGUCCGCUCCUCAUAGACGUGGAUCACCAAGAGGCGACGUCGACCGUCUCGACGCUCUCACAGGGUUACGUUGUUUGCCCUUCGGAUCGACGGUUCCUCCUCCUCUUCACGUUCCUCAAGAAGAACCUGAAGAAGAAAGUCAUCGUCUUCUUCUCAAGCUGUAACAGCGUGAAGUACCAUGCCGAGUUACUCAACUAUAUCGACGUCCCCGUGCUUGACUUGCAUGGAAAGCAAAAGCAACAAAAGCGUACCAACACAUUCUUCGAGUUCAUGAACGCGCCGGCUGGCAUCUUACUUUGCACGGACGUUGCCGCGCGUGGUCUCGAUAUCCCGAAGGUCGACUGGAUCGUGCAGUAUGAUCCUCCUGACGACCCUCGCGACUAUAUCCACCGAGUGGGUCGGACGGCUCGUGCGGGGAAGGUCGGGAAAAGUUUGCUAUUCCUGCUGCCUAGCGAGCUAGGGUUUUUGCGGUAUUUGAAGGAGGCGAAGGUCCCGCUGAACGAGUUCACUUUCCCCAAGGAGAGAAUUGCGAACGUUCAGAACCAGCUUGAGAAACUCCUGACGAAGAAUUAUUUUCUCCACCAAUCCGCGAAGGACGGUUACCGCUCUUAUCUUCAGGCAUAUGCUUCUUAUUCGUUAAAGAAGAUAUUUGACGUCAACCAACUGGACUUGGUCAAAGUCGGGAAAUCUUUCGGCUUCGCCGUGCCGCCACGAGUUAAUCUCAACAUUGCCGGCUCCGGGACACCUGGUACCGGGCAGAGUAAGGGUAACAACAAGAGGAAACGGGACACGGGUGCCGGCUCGGAUGAAGAAGUGGAAGGCGAAUGGUUGGAUAUGAAUGCGGGAAGGCACGGGGAGGGCAACGAGGAGGCGGACGGCGACGAAGCGAUUAACUCGGAGGAGGUGUCGAGGAAAGAGAGGAGAGGUCCGGAUUUUAGGCAAAAGCAGAGGAGGAUCGAAGCGCUCGGGAAGAAGAGGGUGGACAAGGAAUUUUACAAAAAGCAGCAUGCGAAGAAAGGCGGUGGAGGUGCGCAGUGGACUCGAUGAUAAUUGCUGUUCCGUCCACCGCCUUGACUUCACGUUUCAUGCCGCUGCGUCUUACCAUGCUCGUACCUGCUGUUUUUCUCGGGAUUGUGUGCUGUUAUGUCAAGGCC